AUGGUGGUGGUGGUGCUGGAGGGUGGUGGCGAUGUCGAUUGUGGUGGCGACGACGACAAUGAUUGUGGUGGUGACAACGACGACGGCGGCGAUGGUUUGGCCGUUGCCAAGGUGCAGCUUUCAUCCGCAGCCAGCCACUUGAUUACAUCCCCAACCCCAGCCUGCCCUCACAUACCACACCCUCUCUCCAAUUUCUCACCACAACUUGAGAAGAUAUUGGAGGUUGAUAUUUCUGUGGUGUCAAAGUUUCCGCGUGGUUUUCUUCUGACAGGAGGAAUCGAUACUGGAUCUAUUAGUGAGAUAUCUGGUGAGUUCCUUUCUUUGGAAAGACCCAGCUGUGUCACUUGCCAACUCCCAUUAGAUCAAGGAGCUGGUGAGGGAAAAGCAGUGUACAUUCAUGCUGAGGGUACAUUCAGGCCACAGAGAAUGCGAAUGGGCAGAGAGAGAGAAAUGUGA